AUGUGGCCUCCCCUCAGCAGCUCUCUCUUUCCUCCGCCCUCAGAGGACUGGCUGCAGAGGGCCUCCUCGGACCCCACGGCCAAGGACUGGGGUACUUGGAGCAGAACUGAGGUGACCCCCAUUGGUGCGCGUGGUGGGGAGGAGACUGAUGCCCUGCUGUCUGUCUGAGAGGGGAAGAACCCUGCCGAGUGCCCAGCGGCCACCGAGGAGCUGGGGGCUGUGAGGCAAACACAGUGGGCCACAGAGUGGGCUGAGGGUGCUGGGGCCACGGGGACAGGUCAGCGCCCAGCCAGGCGGCCCCCAGUGCCAGGUUUUGGGGAGCCCUGCAGUCCCUCUGAAGGGUCGUCCUGUCCACGGAGUCCCACGGCGGUGGCAGCCGACCACAGAUCUGUCUGUGUGAGCAACGUGGACUAUGGGGGCUCAGCUUUGGAGCUGAGGGCCCACUUCACCCACUGUGGGGACAUCCACCGCGUCACCAUCCUAUGCGAUAAGUUCUCUGGACACCCCAAGGGUUACACCUACAUUGAGUUUGCCAGCGAGAGCUCCGUGCGCGCUGCCCAGGGGCUGGACUGCAGCAUCUUCAGAGGCCGCGUCCUCAAGGUACUGCCCAAAAGGACAAACAUCCCAGGGAUCAGCUCCACUGAUCGAGGUGGCCUGCAGAGAUGA